AUGUUACCAAAAUAUGAUAAAAUAACUGCAUCAUCUCAUCAUCAUCAUCAUCAUCUUCUACUUGAUGGUGAUUCACUUGAUCCAAAUUCAAAAUCCACACAUUCAAUUGAUGCCAUAUUAGGAAUCAAAAACGGUGAUCAAACAUUAUUUAAUCAUCAUCAACAACAUUAUAAUAAUAAUCAUUCCAAUGGGGACAUGAAAAAACGAAAUCAUCAUAAUGUGUACGAUGACAGAUGGUUAGUUUUAUCGACAAAUAAAUUUAUGCAGUGCAGUACUCUCGAUGUUUCAAAUGUAUAG